UCCUGGGACUCGCCGAGCAGAAAGAAGAGUAGCUGGGCCCACCGAAAAGAGUUGCACCUGGAACUGGGGAGGUUGCCCAGGAGGUCAUCCCGAGAGGAGCCGUGUCCUGGUGCCUUAGACGCUGCAUUACCGCUCCCUUGGGAAAAGCUACCUCAUUUUACAGGUGCGCAAACCAAGCUGGGAGAAGGUCAAUUACUCCCCCAGGUACUUCUACUGGCAAAGGAUCAAGAUGACCACAGCCACCCCUCUCGGGGGGACCACCUUCUUCUCACUGAACGUGACCACCAGAGAAGAUGACUUUCUGUACAAGAGUUCUGGAGCCAUCGUUGCUGCCGUUGUUGUGGUUGUCAUCAUCAUCUUCACCGUGGUUCUGAUCUUGCUGAAGGUGUACAACAGGAAAAUGAGGGCGAGGCGGGAGCUGGAGCCCAAGGGCCCCAAGCCAGUCUCCCCCUAUGCUCAAGGCCCUACCAGCAGCAGCAGCCAACAGCCUGCAACUGUGACCUUCAGCCCUGUUGACGUCCACGUGGAGACUCGGUGACCCCCACCCUGGUGCUAUCUCAGCUACUGUCUGAAGAGCCUUCUCCAGUCAAGACCAGCAAGCGCGUUUCUCCCUUGGCAGCUUCAAUAUGAGUUCCUUCCAGUCAGAUCGACAGGGGCUUCUCAUCCAACCCCUGAAGCUUCAGGCAACCCCCACCCCCAUCCUGCCUGCCCUCCCCACCCCCGCUGUGUCCGUAUCUCUGCUGCCACCUUACCAAAAAGCUGUGGAAUACCCUUUUGUCAUCUGAGGAGGUAGAGCUGUGAAGGGAAUCCAAUGAUGUGGGUUUGGCUCUCUCCCCUCAAAAUUGAUAGCUAGACAGACAGACAGCCCAGGAGUUUUCUGGUCAGGGGUCAGGGCAUGCUCCUGAGAGUGUCAACAACUGAGUCAUGUCAGAGUAAGGGCCAUAUCCACAGCUUUGUCGAGCGAACUAUUCAAUCCCAUAAUCAGGGGAACUAACUGGACUAACUAACCAGAAAACCAGCUCGUUGAUUUGUAACUUAUUCCAGUACUAGAUGACCGCUUACUAGCUCAGGACGAUGGAUUGAUCAGCACACCUUUCCCUCUUUAAGAAAGGUUGAGGAGAACACGGAAUUCUUCCCCAAAGGUUUCUAAUCAUUAGUAAAAGUCAGAUUGGCAGGCAUAGGGUGACCUUGAGGAUUAAUGGCCUCUAGGACACUACUGAUUGCUACAGUGUCCAGGGGCCUGGAACAGCCUGGUGGCUGGUCAGAGCCCCUCCUUCGCUCUGGGUGGAUUAACGCUGGCUCAGUCUCAUUUCUCGGCUCCCCUCGAUUUGGAUUCUGAGCAAUCUUCGCUCUCGGGUUAACACGUCCGCUGGAGAACCAGUCUUUGGACAGAUUAGAUUACAGCUCUAUUUAUGUUACCUGUGCCCUUUCCUGGUCACCUUGCAGAAAGUCAGGACACAUUCAAAAUACCUCAUUCACAACUCAUUUCUCUAUAGAGAGCUAGCCUCUUUGACUCCUUAAAGCGAUUUGGAGUUAAGAAGACCUGCCUUCCGAGCUCUGCUUCCUGGUUGUGUGGCCUUGGGGAAGUGACUUGACCUCUCCUUAUCUGGUUUCUUGACCUUGAAGUGAGAAUGAUAACAUCUGCCUCACGGGGCUACAAUAACAAGCCCUGGUCUCCGUAAAGCAGCUCUGAUAGUGCCUGGCACCAGCAAAUGCUAAAUGAAUGGGAGCCCGUGGCGCUGCUGUUACCAUAUUUCUUCAAUUGCAAAACAUUUUUUUACAUUUUAAUGAUUAUGAACUCAGAAUGUGUCUUAAAAUUGAUGGGUCCCUAAUGUAGUUGUUUGUUCGUUCUCUCUCUCUCUCUCUCUCUCUCUCUCUCUCUCUCUCUCUCUCUCUCCUGUUUUUAAAAUCCAUUGUGCAUCUUGGAAUGGAAGGCAUCUUGAAAACAAGGUCAUCGAUCCUUAUUCUGUUCCAGAAAGUGACACACUGACAUUUAACUCCAAUUCUAGGACUCUCCCUCAUGGGAUUAGAAUCCCUUUUGAGGAGAAAUUGAGGACUAGGGAGGUGAGAGGACUGACAGCGGGGUCACCCGCUCAGGCCACCCCCUAUAAAAAUGCUCACUUAAAUAACGUCUGGAGAAAUACUGGCAAAUUCUUCCUCCCCAGACACCGUUUCUCUGUACUGUGUUUAAAUACCCACCGCGUACCAGGCUCGUUGCGAGCUGCUUUCAUAGGCGUUACCUUAUAGGAUUUAUUUUUCCCAGUAACCUCGGGCGUAUUCUUUCUCCCUUGGCAGGUGAGAAUCUCACACUCCCAGAGAAAAAGCACUUGUCCAGAGUCACACAGCUAGUAAGUUGCAAAGACUCAAAGCCAGGUCUCUUUGACUCCAAAGUCCACCUUUUUGUUGUAUCACUCUCCUCCAGCAUCCCGGCUCAAAGAACAUGGACUCCUUUGUGGACUGAACAAGAGGGCAGACUUGCCCGUGUGUCCGAGUGGAGGUCAGGGGUCUGGCCUCCAAACCGAAAGCGAAAGUGGGGGCAAAGCCAGUCGGUAACCACCUCUGAGCUUCCCUGAUUGUAGCGAGAGGAGCCCUUUCUAAACCCACCAGAGCUCUAACGAUUCCUGUUUCAUCCCCCUCUCCCUCUCCUCCCUUCCCCACUCCCCACUCAGGCCCAGGGAGCAAGGUGUGGAACCAGGGCAAAGCCAUUUCUUUAAGGACUCAAGCUCCAAAUAGAUAUGUUACCUAAAUGUAUUCUGCUUUAAAAACAAUGUUUUUUUAAAUAUUCCAGCUCUAAAACCAGACUCUUCCGCCCACAGUAGCCUGGUCCUGGAAUUACUCGAGGAGUUACCUUCUAGUAUCUGUUUCUUUUGCUAAAUGAAAGCUUGGAAAUGGAGGAAAGAAGAGAAGUAGAGAAGUGAGGGGGAGGAAAUAAAAGGGUUUGAGUGUUUUAACUGAUAAAAGCCCUGUACGGGCUCCUGUGUGCAAGUUGAGGUGCUACUAAACCCAUGAAGUCACAGUCCCUGCUCUCGGGAGCUCAGCGGUCUCCUGUGACAGGGACCUCACAGUACAUUUGUGCAUUUUGUUUCUGACAGGUGCCUUUCCUAACUGAGCAGAUGCUGCCUUAGUUGGCCACUGAAUCAAUAAAAGAUAUUAAAUGCUUAAAGGACAAUGUCCAAAAAUAAAGAAUGUUAAAUCCAA